GUUCCACCAGUGAAAUAGUUUUUAAAAAAUCAUAUCCAAUCAUAAUUAUCUACUCCGUUAAAAUGUAAUGUUUUAUCUCUUGUAAAAAGAUUUUAUUUGUUGUGUAAAGCUUUCAGAGAGGACCUCUCAGCUGUCAGGCUGGCGUGUGACGUCAGCGAGUGGGCAGUGUCGAAGCGGCCAAGAAACGCCAUUUUGACGAUGACUGACAAUGUCGACGGACUAUAAGUUAUGAAAGAUUCAGAGAUGAAGAAGACCCCAUGUCCCCGUCUCCGAUAGUAGUUACAGGGAAAGACAUGAAGACUCCCUAGGAACAGACAUUGUGGUCAGCCAUGUAGAUGUUUGAUGGUGAGGAAAGAUGUCUAUCAUUCAACAAGGUCUUCCUCCUCCCUACUCCGACCCUCAGGGAAUGGUUGGAGUAACUGAGGCCAGCAUGCAGCAAAGCUUCUUGACCCUGGCCAGUCAAGACAGCACGGUGCCCACCACCAUCCACACGGAGCUGGUGCACCCGGUCACCGACGCCGGGGAGAACCAGGACGCCUUCAAACAGAGCAUAUACAGGCACCCCCUGUUCCCGCUCCUGGCUCUGAUGUUUGAGAAGUGCGAGAGCGCCACCGCCUCGCCCGACACGGCCUCCCACGGCUUCGAGAACGAACUCCAGGCUUUUGCCAAACACCACGACCACCUCAAGACACCAGUGCUCGGUGCAGACGAGGAGGUCAACGAACUGAUGCUGAAAGCCAUACAAGUGCUGCGCAUCCACUUGAUGGAGGUAGAGAAGGUGACGGAGCUGUGCCGAGACUUCUGCAGCCGCUACAUUUCCUGUCUGAAGAGCAAGCUGACCUCGGAGAGUCUGCUGCAUGUGGAGGGCUGUGAUUCUCCGCCCCCUGGGGAGUUGGCAGGAUCUCAAGGAGUUUUGAACCUCAGCCCAGCACUUCAAGUCCCACAGCCGGUGGUGGCGCCCACAGUGGUGGGUGGUAGCGUGGUAUUACAGCAGCAGCAACAGCAACAGCAGCCGCAGCAACCGCCACAGGCACCGCAACAACCGCAGAUCGUGUCUGGCAACACGGUCUACCAGAUGGUGCACACGCCGCAGGGCAUAGUGGCCCAGCCCAUACAGAUCCAGGGUCCACUGACGCCCAUAAGUCAAGCCAUGCCGCAGGUGAUUCACGGCAGCACCCCGCUGUCCCAGAUCGGGCUGUCCCUGGCUUCCCCGCAGCAACAGCAGCAACAGCAGCAGUCGCAGCAGCUGCAGCAGUCGCAACAGCAGGCCGUCCAGACGGCAAUGACGCCACAGCUACAGCACGUUCAGAAAGAGGCCAAAAGCGCUGCUAAACUGAACAACAUGCUGCAAGACGAUAUCGAUGACGAUGAUAAAAACUCCAAACAAAAGCGAGGCGUUCUACCCAAACAGGCAACACAGAUCAUGAAGUCCUGGCUCUUCCAGCAUAUAGUUCCCAUGCUGGAGGCUUCCAAUCCGGACAAAGCCAAAACCAAGAAGAUGAACAAGCCCACCAAUAAGCCGCAGCAACGCUUUUGGCCCAUCCCCCUGGACACCUCGGCCAAUGGUGUCGCGGAGAAGUCGGAGAAGGAGGGCUCAGGGCAGGGGCUCAAGAUCAAGCCAGAAGUCUCCGCCUCCACCUCCUCCGCCUCAUCUGCCUCCUCCUCUGCCUCCUCUGCACAGAAGGUGGGGUUGGAGAGGCUGCAGCCUGUGGUUACCAUGGAGACAGCUGCUGUCUCCCAGUCGGACGCCAUGAUGGGCUAUUUGUCGAACGGAGGCCUUGUCCUUAAAAUCAGCCCAGAAGGCCAUUUAGUCCCCAACACACAGAUGGCUCUGCCGGCGAACCCCGCCCCUCUUUCCCUGGAGAGCCUACAGGCGCUGCAGUCGAGUGGGCUGGUCUUCGCCCCAGGGCCCGCCCCCUUGCCCUUGCACCUCCCACUGGGAAGCCUCCCGCACUCGGCGGCUGCGGGCCUCGGGCUGGGCAUGACCCCUUUCCCCACUCUCGCAGCUGCCGCGGCCGUCUCACCCAUGUCAAUCGGUGGCCUCAAUUUUGGGGCGCCGGCUUUCUCCGCUCCGCUACAGUUUGCCAACCUGAAUGCCGCUCCCAUUGACCUGAGCACCAUGUCCACGGGCGGCCAUCUACAGAUGAGCGCCAUGGCCUCAGCCACACCCGUACCCCAACAGAUGAACGCCGCAAGUGGCCAGGUUUUGAUGAGCGUGUCCUUGCAGGAGGCGGGGCAAGAGGCAGGCAUGGAGGACGGGGAAAGCGAGCCAGAGGCCGGAGAGCUGAGGGUGGACACACGAGACUCAAGGCCCGCCCUCGACAUGAGCAAGACAUGACAUUAGCUCUGCCUCUGAGGCCUGUAACCCCACCCCUCCUUUUAUUUUUUUCAAAUCUUUGCACUUAUUUUUUUAUAUUUUUGUAUCCACAU